CAAAACCAUCUCCCAAUUUAAGUCAAUCCAAACAGGGCACUCUCAUCUGUCUCAUUUCGGUUUUCUUUUCCAUUUGCCCUUCAACUUCCAACGAAACAACUCAUCAUUAAAUGACACAACUACCCCACUGAAGCACAAGAUUACAUUUUCUAGGGAGAAUUCUAGGAGGGUAUUUCGGUAAAAUCAGUUACUAGUAUCCAAGUCUGUAUCAGCUGCAAUCUAAGGGAUAAGCACAGAUCUGCCGGAAAAAAAAAAAAGAACUUUUUCUAUUUCUCUGACUCUCUUUGUUUUCUUUUAUGAUAAGAUCGUUGCUCGGAUUCUAACCAUCGUGACCUGGCCGCAAUAUUUUCACCGGAAAUGGGUUUCCACCUCAGCCACUGAUAACUCUGAAAAUAUUUAAUAGGGAAUAUGGGUAACGAAGAAGACUUCGCCGGAGAACCCAACUCCUUUAGGAAGGAGGCACCCGCCGGAACUUCCAACCUCCUCCGGCGAGCAGCGGAGCUCAUUGCCACCGUGCUCUCCCUCUCCCUCUCGAUCAGGGCCUUCGCCACCAAAUGGCAACUCAUCCGGACCAAGCUCGAGGAGCUCCACUCCGGCCUAAUCGCCGCCGAGAACUACGACUCCGGCGAGAACCCACAGCUCACGGGCAUCCUCCCAUCGGUGAUUUCGACCGCCGGAGAGUGCCGCGACUUGGCGCGCCGUUGCUCCGACCUCUCCUACAGCGGGAAGCUCCUUAUGCAGAGCGAUUUGGACGUGGCGAUCGCAAAGCUGGACGGCCACGUCAGCACCCUCUCGGAGAUUUACAAAAAGGGAAUAUUGGCGAAUGGGUCUGCCCUCGUCGUUUCAAAACCGAGUCUUGGCGCUUCAAGAGAAGACAUAAGGUUCUACGUGAGGGACCUAUUAACGAGGAUGAAGAUUGGGGAUUUGGGUAUGAAGAAAGUGGCUCUCAGGAACCUGUACGAGGUUGUCGUCGAGGAUGAGAGGUACGUUAAGGCCGUUGUGGACGUUGGUGACGUGGUUCAUGUGCUGGUUGGGUUUCUUGGUUCAACUGAAUCGGGACUCCAAGAGGAGAGUGCAAAGGUUGUUUCUGUGAUUGCAGGAUUUGGUUGCUACAAGGGCAAUUUGGUAAAUUCAGGAGUGGUUGCGCCGUUGGUUAGGGUGCUGGAUUGUGGGAGCGAAGAAGGGAAAGUUGCUGCAGCGAGGUGUUUGGUGAAGCUCACUGAGAAUUCUGAUAACGCUUGGUGUGUUUCUGCACAUGGUGGUGUCACUGCGUUGCUUAGAAUUUGUGAUGGUGAUGAUGGUGGUUGUGACGGAGAUUUGAUUGGUCAUGCGUGCGGUGUGUUAAGCAAUCUUGUUAGUGUUGAAGAGAUUAAGAGGUUUAUGAUUGAGGAAGGUGCGGUUUCUACGUUUAUAAGGCUUGUGAGGUCCAGGGAUGAAGCCAUUCAAGUGAAUUCAAUAGGCUUCAUUCAGAACAUUGCCUCUGGUGAUGAAUUGGUUAAGCAGAUGGUGAUUAGAGAAGGUGGAAUCCGUGCUCUGUUGCGUGUUCUUGAUCCUAAAUGGCCCUGUUCUUACAAAACAAGGGAGAUUUCAAUAAGGGCUAUUGAGAAUUUGUUUUUCUCUCCGCUUAGCUCUGUGAGUGCUUUGAUUAGUUACGGUUUUGUGGAUAGUUUGCUGUAUUAUGUUCGAAAUGGCGAGGUUUCCAUUCAAGAAUUGGCGCUGAAAGUGGCAUUUCGAUUGUCUGGAACGUCCGAGGAGGCCAAGAAAUCAAUGGGGGAUGCAGGUUUCAUGGCUGAGCUUGUGAAAUUCCUGAAUGCGAAAUCGUUCGAGGUUCGCGAAAUGGCAGCUGAGGCACUCUCUGGGUUGGUUAUGUUGCCUAAGAACAGAAAGAGGUUUGUGCAGGAUGACCAUAACAUUGCACUUAUCCUUCAAUUGCUUGAUCCUGAAGAGGGGAAUUCAGGUAACAAAAAGUACUUAAUCUCAAUCUUAAUGUCAUUGACAAGUUGCAAUAGUGGGAGGAAAAAGAUUGUUAGUUCUGGUUAUGCAAAGAACAUUGAGAAGCUUGCAGAUGCUCAAGUUUCUUCUGAUGCCAAGAAACUUGCAAAGAAGCUAUCCACAAACAGGUUCCGCAGCUUGUUCAGUGGAAUCUGGCAUUCAUGAAUGAAUCUGAUUCUUUUUUUUUUCUUUUCUUUUUAACUGUAUAUUUACAUAAGUGUCUUACAAGUUUUGCUAAUUGGUUUCUUCUGUUUUCAUUUCAUGACAAGAAUAGCACAGCUUCGUGUUGAGAUUUGUAACAAGAUGUAGUGAUGAUACCAUAAAAGCUUUGUUGUAGAUUUUUAAAGAGUUAUUAUAUUAUUAUAUUAUAUGAUAUGACAAACAAAUAAUGUUAAUUAAUUACUAA